AGAGACGAAUGGCUUACAAAGGGACAAGUUCAAUCAUUCUUUUCCAGACUGUCUGCAAUCAGCAGGAAAAAAAGGGCUGACCAAAGCCGAGAAUGUUGAAAUUUGUGACGAAUGAGAUCUGCUCUCAGUGCUCUUGCAAGAAGAAAUUGCGUUUCUUAUUGAUGAACGUAGAGACAAGGAGGUCGAACAUAUUUUCAACAAGAUGGGCGUAAUACAUCCCAUUAGGCACGAUGGCCAUGAUAUCUGCGAGCAGACCAACCAAGAA